AUGAGUUACUACAAAGGAAAUGCCGUAGCAGAUAAGAUCCGUGCUGCAUUCAGAGUAACGUCAUCCACCGUUCCACGGUACACCGAAACAUGUGCAGGUGACCUCCUGGGACACAUUUUCUGGGUCCCUUGUGAUCCAAGGAAAAUUGUAGAGGCCGAAUACGGGCCUACUUGGUAUAACGAUCAUCCAACAACAAACUUUUCGUGGAACGGCUCUCCGUUCAACGUGAAGGAUAUUGGUAAAUGGUCAAAAUCAGAAAUGCCAGAAGUUUACAAGAUCUACACGUAG